AUGAGUUUGCCAUUCAGUACACCGGAUUUGGAAGAUGGAUUUGCACCAUCAACCCCUUUGAAGAACCGACCUUUUGCGCCACCUUCAGCCUUCAACUGGACUGCGGAAACUUUGGUGCCACCCCCUCCUAAAUUAGACAAAGGAAAGGGGCCAGCGCAUCAACUCAGAGACCCCACAGACGAAGACUACGACUCAGACAACCCUACUCCUCAGAAACAAACAAACCCACCUAGACCAUCAGUUUCUGGGUACGGGAUUCAUAAUACCCAAAACAUGGGGGAACCGGUUUUCAAUCGACAACACCAACCACCGGUAAACCCUCAACCUAUAUAUCAACAACCAAUUUAUCAGCCAACACCAAAAAUCAUCAAGGAACCUGGACUCUUCUACAAUGGGGAAAACUUUUCUCGGUUUCUACAACGGUUUGAACGUGCAGCACAUGCAUUUGGUGCUACUGAUUACGACAAGGCGCUUCAGAUUGGACGAUUCAUGAAAACUGAAGAACUUCGACUCCAACUAGAAGCUAUGGAAGGGUACAAGACAUACGAUUGGACCAAAUUGCAGGAAGAAAUGAAUAACAUCUGGGGCGAUUUGGACAACAAUAUCUUGUACACAACCAACGACCUAGUUAAAGUGGCGGAAGAAUACGGAAAGAACGGAGGAAUUAGGACUCAUAAGCAAUACAAAUCCUAUUUGACGAAGUUCACCACGAUACUUAACUACUUGGUCACCAAUCAACAUCUACACAAGAAAGAAGAUGCUUCAAUCCUCUUCAUGCAGGCAUUUGCUCCGGAAAGUCAAAUGAAUGUAAAACGAACUUUGGUUGGAUAUGAUUUAAUUCCCAAGGCACCCGAUGGAAGUACUCUACCACCCUUGUGGGCUCAUCUCAUUAAAGCAGUCAACAUGGAAGUACAAGCCAUUGAACCGGGAAACUUCAAUGUUACCAAUUUUUCUGAAUCAAAUCGAUUAAUGCAGAAGAAAUUGGACCUCCAAAAAGGCAAUGGACAACGACGGGAGCGGAUGAUUGCGGAAGCUCCAACUGGAAAACCUGCGGUUGGAAAAACUGUUGAAGAUCUUUCACGUGAAAUCGCUUCUCUCCAACAACAGUUAAAAAGCAUUCUUCCAGUCAGUUAUAAUCAACCUGGAACCUCUGACAAACAGGAAUUUUCACGUGGAAAUCCUAGGCCUUCAACACCGCUCUAUGAAAGUCUAGUAUGCUACUACUGCAGGAAGGAAGGACAUUCAACUACCCGAUGCCUCGAGUUGGCAAAAGAUGAAGCUGAAGGACUAGUCAAACAACAAGGAAAGGACUGGUACUUACCCAAUGGACAACACAUACCAUGGAAUCCAUCACGACCAAUACAAUCAGUAGUUGCAACUGCUUCAGCGGAUCCCCAAAUACUAGAAGCUGCAAGACGUUUAGUGGAGUCUAGGAACACUGCAGGAGCAGCGACAGAACCUACUCCAACCAUGAAGAGUUCAGUGCAAACCAUUCACUGGGCACCACCAGAACUUGGAGCGCAAAACUUUCUGAAGAACCAGGCCAUCACACGGUCUGAAGCGCAACGAGGACGUCGAAGUGUUAGGAUCCAGGAACCCCAAGAGGAUAGGAUGGAGGUCGAUCAGGAAGACGAAGUGGCCGACAUUGCUAACAACUCUCCCAGAACCACACCAAAAACAACAUGGGUUAGAGAAAAGACACCAGCAAGAAAUCAGUCAGCAAAUCCAGAGGACGUCUUGUUGCAGGAAUUGGAUCAUAUGAAAAUUCCUACUACCUUUUCUCAACUCACAACAAUUUCUCCGACCUAUACCGAAAAGGUUAUUGCAAAACUUCAAGAACGGCUUCCUGGAAAAAGUAGUGCCACAUAUGUGGCCACACCAACCACAAAAGCGGCAGCCGCUAUGACCACAACGGUGGAGGAGGAAGACACAUCAGAUCCUUGCUACUACAGCUGCGCCUUAGGAUAUGUUACAGCCGAAGUUGGGGGAGCUAAAGUUGACUUCAUGGUUGAUUCUGGAUCCAUGGUGAAUGUUAUACCUCGAACGGUAGCGGAAGACUUGGAUUUGGAAUUAGUUCAAGUUGACAUACCAAUGAAAGGAGUAGGCGGAGCCAGAUGUGAUUUAAAUGGAGUGGCGGAAAAUUGCUACAUCGGAAUAGGACGAUUCGCCGGACCAGCCCAUCUCUUUGUUUCUCCAAAAGCCCAGGACUGCAUCUUAGGACGACCUUUUCUUUUUGACUACGGAUGUACUCUGGAAUACCACGAAACCGGUGAAACACUUUCUUUCCAAGGAACCAAGGGAAGAAGGGUUUCAGUACCUCUAGCCAGGAUUGGACAAGGAAGGGGUUGGGACAAUCGAAAGGACCUCAGCACCAACACAAUCAAACCAGUCCAAAAACAAGAAACAACGGGCGAAGAAAAUCGAAUGUUCAAGAAGAAAUCUACGCAGCCUUUUUUAUAG